GUCAAAUAUUCCAAGUACAGUAUAUGCCGUCAAGGUAAUAUUAAUAACAAAGUGUGAGUGACAUUUAUGUCUGAUAUCCAUUGAAUGUUGGAUGUUUAUGCUGUAACAGAAUUUUUAAGUGGAUUACUAAUUGUGAAAACUAAUUAAUUUCAAUAUGAAGACAGAUAUUGUUAUUGUUUCUGCUGUUCGUACACCAAUUGGAUCAUUCUGUGGAUCAUUGUCUACCGUAAAGUCACACGAGCUAGGCUCAAUAGUCAUCAAGGAAGCGUUAAAGAGAGCUUCAGUCGAUCCUGCAGAUCUAUCUGAAGUUAUAUUUGGCCAGGCACUAACAUGUGGACAAGGCCAGAACCCAGCACGUCAGGCAGCGGUCAGAGCAGACGUACCUCUCUCUGUGCCUGCCUAUCUUGUCAGUGUGCUAUGCGGCUCUGGACUUAAGUCGGUUGUCGUGGGAUGUCGUAAUAUAUUGGCUGGUGAUGCCAAAGUGGUGCUCUGCGGGGGCAUGGAGACUAUGUCUGGGGCCCCACACUUUACACACCUGCGUGCGGGGGUCAAGUUGGGGGCGGCCACUCUCACUGAUCAUAUCCUCAAUGAUGGACUCACUGAUGCCUUCCACAAUAUACACAUGGGCGAGACUGCUGAGAAUUUAGCAGUCAUGUACAACAUAUCAAGAGAAGAACAAGAUAAGCAAGCUCUAGAAUCCCAACAGAGGGCUGCCAAAGCUUUGAAAGAAGGACAUUUCACUGAUGAAGUUGUUCCUGUCACAAUUAAAACAUCAAAAGGGGAACAAGUUUUGUUGGAGGACGAGUAUCCAAAGCCCAAUACCACUCUUGAGUCAUUGGCCAAACUUGAACCGGUUUUUGUCAAGGGGGGGACAGUGACAGCUGGUAAUGCGUCGGGAAUGAACGAUGCAGCAGCUGCUGUGGUUCUGAUGUCUGCUGAGGAAGCUGGUGUACGAGGAUUGGCACCCCUGGCUCGUGUUGUGGCAUACAGUGAGGCUGGCUGCAACCCUAAGAUCAUGGGCAUCGGGGUAGUUCCUGCUGUCAAAAUGGUGCUAGAGAAAGCAGGUUGGACAAAGGACGAUGUGGAUGUUUACGAACUCAAUGAAGCAUUUGCAGCUCAAGCUCUGGCCGUUGUGAGAGAGCUAGGAGUAGAUCCGGCCAAGGUAAACAUCAAUGGAGGAGCCAUAGCCCUGGGCCAUCCCAUCGGAGCUUCGGGUACCAGAGUGCUGGUAACACUGCUGUAUGCUCUUCGCCGCUCCGGUGGUAAACGUGGGGUCUGCUCUUUAUGUGUGGGAGGAGGAAUGGGCAUAGCAAUGGCGGUUGAAAUCAUCUGAACAAUAAUACUUUCAUGCCUCAUUAAGUGUCAAACAUAAGGCUUUAACGGCUUAUUGUUUUUUGUAUUUAUGUAUACACAUAUUGUGUGAAGAAUUGUGAGCUAAACAAAUUACUCGCUUGAAUAAAUAAAUUCUUAAAAAUUAU